GCUGACGGACGCGAUGACAGCUGCCUGUGCCCUGCAGGCUCGCGUUCCCAACGGUCCUAGUUCUAUUUCUAGUUUGUAAGCUGUUUUUUUUUAAUCCAGUUGUGCAAUAGACCCUUGGACUUUUCGGCCAACUCAAGCCAGCCACAACCCGCCACCAAAAAAGACAUCGUCAACACGCAUACACUUACCUUGUGUGGGUUAUUUUUCUAGGAGUACCUCCUCCCAACUCGACCCAAAGGCCCUUUGUGCAUAGACAACCGUCUCUCGAGUUGACCCGCCGCCUCCGCCGCCGCCAUCAUGGAUCUUCAUGAGCUGCAGAGCAAACUGACCCUCUGGCUGGACGAGGCAUCGCAUGCAUUCCAGAGGGUGCCGGGCUCGGCGGUUUUGAUUCGCUAUGUCAAGUCCAGCUACCAGAACGAUCCUGUUCGCUCCGCCAUUGAGCUGGUCCUCGUUGUGUUUUUCAUCCGGUACCUGAUGGCACCAUCUUACUCCACCCACAAGCAGAACUUUAUUAAGCUGCGCGAGGAUGAGAUCGACGAACUGGUCGAAGACUGGACACCCGAGCCGCUCGUACCAGCAAGGACGGCGCAGGAGGAGGCCGAGGCCGAGAAGCUGCCCGUGAUAGUCGGACCGACAGGGCCCAAGACGAAGCUCGCGAGCGGACGCACGGUCACGAACCUCUCGACAUACAACUACUACAACUUCAACGCCAACGAACAGAUCAAGGAGAAGGCGAUCCAGACCCUGCGGACCUACGGCGUGGGCCCCUGCGGCCCGCCGCAGUUUUACGGUACCCAAGACGUUCACAUGAAGACCGAGGCGGACAUUGCGGCCUACAUCGGCACCGAGGGCUGCAUCAUCUACGCGCACGCCUUCUCGGCCGUCACGAGCGUGAUCCCUUCAUUCUGCAAGCGUGGAGAUGUGAUCAUUGCGGACCGCAUGGCCAACUAUUCCAUCCGCAAGGGUUUGGAGCUUUCAAGGAGCAGCAUCAGGUGGCAUGGGCAUGGAGACAUGGAGGAGCUGGAGGCGGCCAUGGCGAAGGUUGCCAAGGAGCAGGCCAAGAACAAGAAGCUGACGAGGCGGUUCGUCGUCAUCGAGGCGUUGUCUGAGCUGCUUGGAGACAUCGCCGACCUCCCGAAGUUGAUUGAGCUGAAGGAGAAAUACAAGUUUCGCCUGAUACUGGACGAGACGUGGUCAUUUGGCGUGCUGGGUCGCACCGGACGCGGACUGACCGAGGCUCAGAACGUGGACCCGACGCAGGUGGACAUGAUCGUGGGCUCGAUGGCGGGCCCCCUGUGCGCGGGCGGUGGGUUCUGCGCGGGCUCGCGGGACGUCGUGGAGCACCAGCGCAUCAUGUCGACGGCCUACACCUUCUCAGCAGCACUGCCGGCCAUGACGGCUGUGACGGCCAGCGAGACGCUGAACCUCUUGCAGUCGAACCCCGAGAUCCUGUCGCAGUGCCGCGAAAACAUCAAGGCUCUGCGGGCGCAGCUCGACCCUCGCUCAGACUGGGUCUUUUGCACCAGCUCCAUCGACAACCCGAUCCUGCUGCUUCAGCUGAAGCCCGAGGUUAUUGCGUCGAGGAGGCUUACUGCUGAGGACCAGAACAGGCUGCUUCAGGAGUGUGUCGAUGAGUCACUAGCCAACGGUGUCUGGAUCACACGUCUGAAGAUCCAGCCGGUGCUCAAUACGAUUGGGCCUAAGGAAAACAUCACCAUCCAGCCGGCGCUCAAGGUCUGUGUCACUUCUGGCCUGUCCAGGAAGGACAUUGAACGGGCCGGGACCACAAUUCGCCAUGCCAUCACCAAGGUGAUGAAGAGCAACGCCAAGCUUUCGCCUGCAGUUGCGCCUGCUUAGCGUUUUCGUUGCAAAACACUUUUACUGUUGUUUUCUUCUUUUGUUUUCUUGUUAUUUCCCAUUUUAAUGGAUUUCGGGCAAAAGAGGAGAAAGUCGGUAGAUCCAUUUCACAAAACUCUGCCACGACUUUGAUUGGUUUUUAGACAACAUUUAGACUACAGGCUGCCUAGCUUGCUAGACGGCGGUCACGGAUAAAAAAACACCUAAUGAUACAUAUAUAAUACUUGCCUGCUGCAGUGGCAUGAACGGUUA